CAUUCCACGACAAACCAAACCACGACAACAAAGCACACCCCCACCCACCUGCUUGACCAACAUCUUGUUGCUUGGAUCUGCAGGAUAUCUCUCUCUUCUUCCACCUACCUACCUCCCCACUCUCCUCGGUCGCCGUGAACUUGAGCCAGGACGAGCGAGCAACCACACCAUACACAGCACUGCACAGCAUACCACGUGCUUUGUGAUUGGCUUCACACGGCAACAAAGGACCAUCGGCUCGUCUCACAUACGUCAACUCACGACUGUUGCCAUCGUCAGCAUCUCCUGUUGCCAUUGUCAGCAUCUCACGACGUCAUCAUGGAUCCAAGCGAGCACCCACAACAAGACGCGCCGCCAUCGGACCCACUCGAUGCCGAGCCUUCCAUGGCAACACCGCCAUCACCACCAGCACCGCACCAGGAGGAGGCAGACGGAGCAGCUGACCUUGCUCACGACCAGCAGCAACAACUCGAGCAGCCAGGUGCACCAGCCAUUGACGACGUGUCCAGCAGCAGCACGGCGGAAGGCAGUUCGAGGUCUUCUGUGAGCAGCCGUGCAUCUGAAAUCAGCGAUGAGGGCGCACAAGCAGCGUCUCAACGGGAUUCACCCGGCACCAGCAGCAGUGGCAGCAGCCGCGCGAGUGUGGCUUCGCACCAAAGCCCUGCGCCUUCGCAGACACAGACACCGGGUGUGCAGGAAGCAACGACGCAGCCACCACCUGAGGCCAGUGCGUCCACGUCUCCAUCGCAUCAAGGGAACGAAGAAGACAAUCCAGAUGCCAACUCGGGCGAGGAUCACCCCACGGAGGUUCUCAAUGGGUUUGGCAGCCACGAUACGCUUCACGCAGAUGCACGAGCAACUGCGCAACCGGCUUCGGCACCGCCACCUGCAGAGCGCAGGCAGGCCAGCGAGAGCUCUGAUGACGACAGCGACGAGCUGGACGUGGACGCAGUGGAGACUGCAAGCACACUCGAGAACGAGACCCCUCCCAAUGAGCCUGAAGACCAUGGCGACGCAGAGGAAGAGCUGGUGUCGUUUGAACAAGUGGAUGCGCGACUGAGCGGCAGCCAGCCGGCAUCGCCCUUCCCACACGGGCAAACCGACAGCACGGAGCGGCGCCAGGAUGCGGCAGACGCAGACGACGCCUACAUGUCACCGAGCGACGACGAGGCCGACGCUGCUGAGGAGAGCAGGGACGGACGCAUGGUCUCCACCGCCAACGACGACGACGACGACAACAACAACAACAACAACGACACUCCGACCGGUGCGGACAUUGUUGGUGGUGCGCAAGUGCACGCCAUGGUCACCGCUGAUCGACGCAGCCCAACCCAAGACGACGAUACAGACACGAGCAUCGACGUUGACGAGCUCAAUACCUCAUCGGACCAGCCUGGUCGCUCCCUCGAGCGCCAGGGGUCGAUGCAGUCAUACCUGAGCAUCGAAGAAGGCUCAGAGCCGCCAUCAAGCCCCCGACCAAACGUCAACAACGUCACAUCGCAAAGCAGCCUGCCGCCGCUUCGGGAGGCGCCGGGGACGAUGGAGGCUGCGCUGUACGACGAGGCCGACGCGAGCGAUUCUGAUGGCGGCUCAAGCAGCAGCGGUGAUGACGUCGGCAAGGACAAAAACAAGCGUGACCAUGUGCAGCCAGCACCUGUUGCAGCCGUGACCCUGGAGCACGCUGAACAUGAGCCGCGGCAGCAGCAACAGCAAGAACAGCAACAAGAAGGGGCUGGCGUGGCUGCUGAGACUGCAACGAGCUCGCCGCUGACGUACCAGCCGACGAAACGCAUACCGCCAGCAGACACUGCGGUCGCGGACAGUGAGGGCCCCGCCGCCGUGAGCAAGACGCCCUCGGGCGUGAUUGUCAUGGACGCCGCUGCCAACGAAGAUGUCGUUGUCGAUGAUGACGACGAUGGCGAGGAGGAGGUCGAAGAAGCGGCUGGCAGCACGAAUCAGUGGGAGCCAACGCACGGGCAGGAGCAGCGCGAUGCAGUCGACACUGUGGUCAACGUCGACGGUGGUGAUGUUGACGAUGCGCCCGCGGCCGCCACGGUAUCCAUGGCAGAGGAACGCCGUGCUGAGCAGGAGGACGCAGCAGAGGCGGCGGCCAUCAUCGCUGACGCUGUUCGUCACGAUGACGAUGACGACGAGUUGGACGAAGAGGCGCAACGAAAGCGCCACUCCACCUCCACCCUCCGCUCCCUCUGGCGCCGUGCCGCCAGCCAGGCCACGAGCCAGGCCAGCAGCGGCCGAUCGUCGCGCAAGUCCAUGUUUGGCGUUGUGAAAGAGGCGCAGUUUGCCUCCAAGUUCAAGGCCGGCGUCGCCAAGUUCUUUGGCGUCUCCGAUGACGACCAGCUUGCGCGGUGGGAAGAGUUUUAUCUCGGUGACGAGGAUGAAGAAGAGGGUGAAGGCGACGGCACGGCUGAUGAUGUGUUUGGUGACGAAGAUGAGGAAGAAGAGGAUGAGGAUGAGGAUGAUGAGGACGAAGAGGAAGAGAUGGAAAGCGACGAAGGAGCAGAGGAAGAGGAGGAGGAUGUUCCUGUUGAGGAUGAAGAUGAAGAUACUUUGGAUGCAAAUGUGCUUGUGGAGGGCACGCCUGGAUCACCACCAAACGUCAUCGAAGAAACCACCUUCCACAGUGCCGCUGCGGCAUCUGCCAGCGUGGAUCGCUCAGGAGGUCAAGUUGCAGAGCCUUCACAACAAAGCACAGUCCUUGAGGAGGAUUUGUCGGAUUCCUCGGCGGUCACGGAACAGAGCGAACACCCAUACGACAACCUGCCAGACAACGCGUCGAAGCGCAGCAGCCUGCGGCGCGUGUUUUCCGUGAAGGAGCCUGAGCCGGACGACUUGAUGCCUGUGAGCCGCCUUGUUGCUGGUGCACUGCGCAACACCAUCAAGAAGGCUCGCCGGCGCUCCCAGGCUCCCUCGCGCUCGUCCAUGCAGUCUGAGCAACUGCAGAUGCGUGCUGUGUCCUCCACCUCCCCACCAGGAUCAGCGUCCCAUGAGCAGGACAAGAACCGUAGCAGCCCAGGCCUGAUCCAGUUUGGUGCCGAUCCCUCGCGUGGACGCGCCGGCCUUGCUGCUGCGCAGGCAGCCAAGCAAGUUGCACAGCCAUCCGCCACGCGCCCUCAGCCGACAAAGGCAGGCGCGUCCGCCCCCCGCGCCCGCGCCGUGACCACCGCAGGAGCCGCUGCCGCCAGGCGUCCCCCGCAGCAGCAGCAGCGGCCGCAGCAGCGUGAGCCACGUAAGAAGCAAGCCCUUGCGACUGGCGAUGUGGCUGUUGAUCCACGCCGGGCACAGCCGGCUGGUCGCCGCCCGCGCGCAACAACGACGGCAGAAGCGUCAUCCACAUCACGGGCACGGCCCACCACAGGCGCUGCUGCUGCGAAGGCGAACGCACCGGCGGCCAGCGGGACUGGAACGGACAGGAAGCGCCGUGCAAGGGCGAAGAGCCGCAUGAAACCAACAGAUGCUGCUGAUACUUUCAAUACCCGCCUGCAGAAGCAAGUGGCGUCCAUUCGCGAGCACCGGCCCUUCUUCACUUAUUACAUGUCGUUUUGCCAGAUUGCCGUCAUGAUCAUUGCUGUCCUCGUCUAUGGCCUCGCUCCCAUUGGCAUCGAGUCCCAAACAAAAACAGCAUCUGUUGAUGGGCCUGAUGGGACCCCGGUUCAGGCAUCCUAUCAGCAGGAGGCCAACUUCUGGAUUGGCCCAUCACCGACGGCGCUCGUGCUCAUGGGCGCCAAAUUCACGCCCUGCAUGCGGCGCGACGAUCGCAUCUACACGGAGGUCGUUGAGCCCAUCGCAGAAGCAGAACAGGAUUUCGGAUGCUGCGUUGAGCAAGGCGCGACCGACGGCAAUUGCUUUUCUUCCUCAGCGGAUGACUGCACGGGUUUCCGGACUUUCAUUCCUGGCAAAAUCUGUGGUGGCCCUCAAUGCUGCAAGGAUUAUCGCAACAACGCUUCUGCCACGUAUCCAAACUGUGAGUACCAGCCCGCCGAAUCAGCGCAGGACCCAAGCUGCUCCUGUACCAUCAGCGCCCGUCCCUGUUGCACUUCCCUUGCUGGUGACUGUUCAAUUCAAAGCCAGCAGUACUGCGAGUUUGUGGAGGGCCACUACCACCCAGAUGCAGAACUCUGCUCCCAGGUCUCCUGCUUGCAGAGUGUUUGCGGCUUGGUGAAUUUCCUUCACGAAGAUAGGCCCGACCAGUGGUAUCGCCUGUACCUGGCCAUGUUCCUUCACGUCGGCUUUGUGCAUCUCUUCUUCGUUGUGUUGAUGCAACACAGCUUCGCCGUUGAGAUCGAGAAGCUGGCCGGCUGGCUUCGCAUGUUCUUCAUUUACAUGCUCGCUGGAAUCGGCGGCUACCUUGUGUCAGCGAACUUUACACCCUACCAGGUGUCAACUGGGGCCUCUCCCGCCCUGUAUGGCUUGCUGGGCUGUCUUUUUGUGGAGCUGUUCCAGUCUUGGCAGUUGCUCGAGAGCCCGAAGAAGGAGUUUUUGAAGCUGUUUCUCAUCGCCAUUGUUGCACUCGCCGUCGGCCUUCUCCCGUACAUUGACAACUGGUCCCACUUGGGUGGGUUUGCAUUUGGCAUCCUCAGCUCGAUUGUCUUCUUGCCUUACAUCACGUUUGGCAAGUGGGACGCGGCUCGCAAACGGACCUUGAUCCUCAUUGCCCUUCCCGGGCUCGUCGCCCUCAUCACUGUACUUUCGAUUCUGUUGGCAACGAGAACGAUCAACUGCUCGUGGUGUGGCCUGCUCAACUGCUACAACUUCACGGAGACCUUCUGUGUGGACAACUUGCAAGAAGUGAUCUAGCGGACGCUGACUCGCGCCUGGCACAGAAACAACACCAUGUCACAGUGUUUUGGUUGAUGUUUUUCGCUUACGUUGGUUGCGUGUUUUGGUGAAAAUUGCUUUUGUAUUCC